CGUUGACGCAGUUUGGGCCCUGGAACUCCGAGGAGAGCCGCCGCGCUGCGCCGGUGGAUGCUACGCCGAGUUCCCAGCCAGCUCGCCGCCGUAAACCUCACCUUCCCCGCGACAGCCAACCACGCCCGCGUUUCCCACCCGGGCCUUCACGUAGCCAUAGCACUGUUCCACCAUGCGCCCGCCGAGGGCGAGGGCGGCGCCCGCCACCUGCUCGACGGAAUGCCCCACGGAACACGGGCCAGCUCCAUCGUGCGCGCGCUCAGGGACGGCGCGAGCCCCGCCGCGGACACCGUCGCCGCCCUCCACUGCGCGUCCCUCAAGUCCGGCGCGGUGCUGGACCCGCCGGUGCGCACCUCGCUCCUCACGGCCUACGCCAGGAGGAGGGGCGACGCGUGUGCCGCCCUGGCGCUGUUCGACGAGGCCGCCCGCCCGGACGUGAUCCUGUGGAACGCCGCGCUCGAUGCUCUGACCCGGAGCUGCCGUCUCGGCGACGCUGUGGCUCUGUUCCGGCGGAUGGCGUGCGUGCUCGGGGCGUUCGAUUCGGCCACCGUGGUCAUCAUGCUGUCGGGGGCGUCGCGCGCCAGAGGCAUGGACCUUGGGACGGCGCUCCAUGCCACGGCCGUGAAGAGACUCCUCGACACCGACCUGAACCUUCAGAAUGCUCUUGUGGACAUGUACGCGAAGUGUGGGCGUUUCUGCGCUUCGGAGGCUGUGUUUUGGAGGAUGCCGUGUUGGGACACCACCUCAUGGAAUUCUAUGAUAGGUGGAAGCGCGUUCGAUGGACUUUUUGAAGUUUCGGCUUGUUGCUUCAGGGAGAUGAUCCGUUUGGGGGUUCAGGCAGAUGAGGUCACUCUGUCUUCUGUCCUUGCAGCAUCUUCUCGCACGGAUGGUCUUUUUUCCUUUGGGAGGUCUGUCCAUGGCUGUGUUGUCAAGCUUGGUUAUGACGACACUGCAUCUUGCUCGGUGGCGAAUUCUCUUAUAACAUUUUAUUCAGCCCUUGGAUUUACCGAGGACGCAGGGAAUGUCUUUGCAGGCAUUUUGAGUAAAACUUUGGUAUCAUGGAAUGCUAUGAUCAAGGGAUUGGUGGAGAAUGAAAAGGUCAGCGAAGCCCUCUUUGUUUUCCAAGAAAUGAUAUCAGGGUACCAGCCAGAUCGUGCCACUUUGGUGACUGUAAUUUCUGGCUGUGCUGAUCAAGGACUACUCUGUGAAGGGAAAGAAAUCCACGGAUACAUAGUCAGAAAAGGCCUUCUGCAUGAGGAGUCUUCUGUAGGAAAUAGCUUACUUGGCUUAUAUAUGAAAUGUCAUGACUCAUUUACUGCUAAGCUUUUGUUCAGCACAAUGCCAGUAAGAGACCUGAUCUCAUGGAACACAAUGCUUUCUGGUUACUCAAGAGAUGUCUCACUGGGAGUAGAGGCUCAAGCUAUGUUCAAACAGCUGCUUUCUGAAGGUUUAAAGUGCACUUUGACCACUAUACUUGCUGUUCUACCUUCAUGCUCUUGUCCAGAAGACCUUAGUUUUGGCAAAGGAGUUCACUCUGUUAUCCUGAAGUAUGGAUUUGUGAGUGCAGUUUCAGUUGUUAAUGCGUUGAUGCACAUGUACAUAUGCUGCGGGGACACACUGGCUGCUUUCGCACUGUUGAAAAGAAUAAUGUUGUUUUCAGAUAUUAUUUCAUGGAAUACAGCCAUAGUAGGCUGUGUACAGAAUGGACUACAUGGUGACGCCUUGGAAGCCUUUCAGCUCAUGCAUUCAUGUUUGCCAGUAAAUCCUGACAGCAUUACACUAGUUAGUGUUUUAUCAGCAUGUGGAACUCUUAAACUGCACUCCCUAGGAAAGUCCAUCCACUGCAUGUCACUGAAGCACUUGCUUGCAUGCAAUUUGAGGGUGAAGAAUGCCCUGUUAACCAUGUAUUUCCGGUUUGCAGAUACUGAAAGUGCCGAGUCAAUCUUCUAUAGUCCGGGAGAUAUAAAUUUGUGCUCCUGGAAUUGUAUGAUCUCUGGCUUUGCACAGAAUAACGAUGGCUGGAGAGCAUUGCAGUUCUAUCAGAAGAUGGAAGACUUUGUGCCUGAUGAAAUGUGUACAGUCAGUAUCAUCUGUGCUUGCACUCAACUAGGGGAUCUUAGAUAUGGAAAGAGCAUACAUGGGCAUGUGGUCAGGUCUGAUCUUCAAAAUAAUGUUUUUGUUUCAGCAUCGCUAGUUGAUAUGUACAGUAAGUGUGGAAGACUCGACGUUGCUGCCAGAGUAUUUGAAUCCUCUGCUGAAAAAUCAGUUGCUUGCUGGAACUCCAUGAUAUCAGCUUUAGGAUUUCAUGGGCAUGGGUUGCGAUCAAUAGAACUUUUCUGCAAGAUGAUUCAGUCUGGGAUGACAACCACGAGAAGUACUUUUAUUGCUCUUUUGUCAGCUUGCAGUCACUCUGGACUCACUGAUGAAGGAUGGGAGUAUUACCACCUUAUGUCAGAGAAAUUUGGGAUUACUCCAACAGCCGAACACCAUGUAUGCAUCGUAGACAUGCUUGGACGUGCUGGUCGGCUGCAGGAAGCACAUAAAUUUGUGGAGAGUUUACCAUCCAAGGAAGCACAUGGAGUUUGGGGUGCACUGUUAAGUGCUUGCAGUAACAAGGCUGAAGUCAAGAUGGGUGAGUCCAUCGCAAAGCAUUUGCUCUGCCUGGAGCCUGACAACAGUGGUUAUUAUGUGACAAUUUCUAACCUGUAUGCAAAUCAAGACAUGUGGGAUGGUGCAGUCAAGGUUAGGGACAUUUUGCAAGGUAAAGGAUUGAUGAAGCCCCAUGGUCACAGUAUUGUUGGAUAAAGGGUGGCAAAGGAACGAUGGAAGCUAUGCUGUCCAAGAAAAAUUUCCACUAAAUCACCAAAGGUGCACGCUGCAGGGAAAUGUUCUGACAUCGCUAUCCAGUAUGCGUAGAGGCAAUCUUGUGAUGAGCCAACUUUGCACCAUUCUGCGAACGACCAUACAGCUGCAAUUCUGAAUCUGGCAUUCCAGCACUUGACACGGUUUUCCAGGCUCAUCAGGUGGCUUCUGCUGAAGAUGCUAACCAGAGGUUUGUCUGUACGGCACCGCACUCGAGAGCCAAGGAAAAGCAAGAUCCAACUGUAUGGAAAUUCUGCAAUGAUGGUACGCUGCGUGCCAAAAUUCGCAGUUUAGGCGGGCAUGCUACAGCUAGUUUUGGAUUGAUAAAUGGAGGAGCAGACAAAUUGGGUGGUUAUAAUUGGGUGUUUGGGCGCAGGCAGGCAGACACGGAGCAUGUGGCCGCACUGGAAGCCAGCCUAGAAAAAUACUCUGGACUGGACAGCCAUUAAUCACCACCGUCCUCUCUCUACAACUCCAGCCUGCCUGCUUGCCAGGAUCUCUCUCUCUCUCUCUCUCUCUCUCUCUCUCUCUCAUGGAGUUUCUUCUAAUCACUAAUAAAGCUUGUGUCGGUCUGGAGUUUUGGGCACUGGACAGUCCUUUUUUGGGCAAGAUUUGUUGUCACUGGGCAGUAUUCUCUAGUUAUGUUGUGCACAUGGCCAUGGAGGAAGCUAUUGCUAGCUGGGAGCAAUACACUAGUACACUAAUAGAUGGGCAUUCCCCGUAGUUGUGUGAUAAAGACAAUUGCUUUCUGGAAAGGCAGCUGCUGGCUCUGUCUACAGGGGAGAAUAUAUAUGUGGCACCUGUGUCUGCAGGUUCUUUUUUUAGUUCCUUUCCACAGUAAGGAAGCUGCCAUCUGGAUCAGUUCUGCCCAAAAAGGGAACCAAGAAUUAGGAGAUUUUUAACUAAUUUAGAAUGAUUUUAGUCACAUCUUUCCAGAGUGAGAAGUUGCAGUGGAUCAUUUUACAAAAAGAGGAGACAGAUAACUUGGAAUAUUUUUAGUCUCGAGGAGGUGAAGAUUAAUGUACCAGUACCUAUGAUGUGACAUAAAAAUUGGUAUGAAUUUGGAUAAUGUGGCUAGUUUGGGGUGAAUCGAAGCUGCAUAAGAUAUUGUUUAUGCCGAUUGCCUAAGCACGGCAUUGAUUAGCUUUGCUAAAGAUGUUUGUAUCAUGAAAG